CUCAAUUACUAAGUAAUUUAUUCAUUUAUUCCUCAAAUAUCUCGCCUUACUAUAUUUCAGUUUCUCUCCUGAUUUCUCUUGAUUCUUUGUGCUGAAAUUGUUACGAUGGAGCCAUUGAUAUCCCAAGAUGACACUCCUACAUCGGACGACCUCGAGCAAUUUGCCAAGGAGUUUAAACUGCAAAGAAUCAAGUUUGGAUUCUCCCAGACUGAGGUCGGUCUCGCUCUUGGAACGAUGUACGGAAACGUGUUCAGCCAGACGACCAUUUGCCGUUUUGAGGCUCUGCAACUGAGUUUUAAGAACAUGUGUAAGCUCAAGCCCCUGCUGGUUAAAUGGCUACAGGAUGCAGAUAGUAACAAGGGCGCUGCAAGUGGCAUUGACAAGCUGGGAGCUCAAGAACGGAAACGAAAGAAGAGAACGUCCAUCGAGGUCAACGUGAAAAGCGCGCUAGAAAACGAGUUCUGUAAAAACCCCAAACCGUCCGCGCAAGAAAUUGGAAUGCUUGCAGAAAACCUUGCCAUCGAUAGAGAGGUUAUUCGAGUGUGGUUCUGCAACAGACGCCAAAAAGAAAAGAGGUUAAGUGCGAUAGCAACUGGAACACCACCAGACGAGCAACAAGUAGGAUCAGAAUGAUCUGCCAUUACAUAUGUCAUCUCCCCUUGUGCUGUAUGUCACGGUUUCCAGGCCUUCACUAUAACAUUGCUAGACUUUGUAAGCUUGUGUAUUCAUUCUUAAGGACGGGCGGACUGUUUUGUUAAUACUUAUAUUAAUUUGAACUGUUGUCCUUUUUCCGUUUUCAUUUUCUUCAUCUCGACGUUUGUAAAUUUAUUUUUUAUAUGAGCUUAUAUAUUAUUUAAACGUUAAUAGUAUAACAUACUUAUAACGGUAAAAAAUAAAUACUAGAUACAAUGUUUGUUUUCUUUUUCGCUUAAGCAAUUAAGGAUCCUUUCAUGUCUUUACAAAACGAAAGCGUUUAUACUUUGAUAAAUGGGGAGUAUCAGCAUUGUAAACAUCUCACUUUGGAACAAUGGAGAAAUGAUGGAGUUACGACAUAUUGCGACAUUUAACUAAGAGAACGAUGUAUGUAAAAACGUUUAUGUAAAAUAGUUAAAGAUUAAAACAGAAAUAAAGCAAUGACCUUAGUAAGUAAAAAUAAAAGGAAGCUGAUGAAAAUCAGAACGUUUUCACAUUUUUUUGAAUGGCUUGAAUAAGCUACAUUGUAGCAAGUUGCUAUCUUUGAAGUCAUAAUGGUUUAAAUGGGGUUCUUUCAAAUUCGGCGAGAGUACUUGACUAUUAAUAUACGACCACGAUUCUUUUUUAACAAAGUUUCCGGACUUGGUCAUCGUUUUAUUAGUGGUUUCUCUUGAGACAUCAUCAUGUCAGCUCAUGUCCCAACGGUUAACUG